AUGACAAGACGCGGCAUGCUUGGCCAGCGGCGAAUCGCAGAAAACCCGGGCCCGAUCGCUUCUCCACCCAUCUAUCAAUCCCUACAUGAUCACCAAUUGCAUCAUCAGCAACCGUACAAGCGAAGCGCUCAAGAAGCGAAUUUGUCAGACGAUGAAUCGAAAAAGCGGCGUUUGCGAACGAAUUUCACCGAAGAUCAAUCAAACAUGCUUGAAGAGGCUUUUCAGGCCUCCCACUAUCCGGAUCAAAACUCGAAGAAGAACAUGGCUCAAACAUUAGACAUUCCAGAGGAUAGGAUUACGGUUUGGUUUCAAAAUCGACGAGCGAAAUGGCGGCGAAAGGAAAUGAGAGACAAAGAAAAAAAUCGUUACACUGGUGAAUUUGUCUCAUCCGUUUGUCUUCCUCAUCCACAAUCUUCGCAAAUGGAUUUCCCGCCGUUUGGUGGAGGCUUCGAGGGACAAAUGGAGUUGAAUGGUCACCCACAACACCCCGAUUUGCCCACAUCGAUGCUCUCGCAUUCAAUUGACGGAAACUUGUUGGGCAUUGAUUCAAAUUGUUCCCUUCCACAGCCAAUACCAUUGAAUCCCGUUCAAGAUUUAGGAGCAAAUCCUUUUCAUCUCUACCCACCACGAGGCUCUGAGCAAUUGUCAUCACUAUCAGGCGAUCUCUCCCUUCCAUUUCCCCCGUCAUCUCUUCUCACGAAUCCUCUCUCCGAUCACGAAUUCAUCAAUUCCUAUUGCCCGCAAACAAAUGAGCAAUUGACUUACACGUAUUUCCCACCUGAUAUU